UCAUAAACGAAGUUAUUUAAAAUAAGUUUAUAUAAGUAGUUACCCAAUAUAAUAAAAAUGAUUUCUGAACCUUUGAUGUUUACAUUUUCUUUAGUGGAAACUGGAGCUGUUUUGUUUCUAUUUGUCUACUUUGUAAUUACUCUAUCUGAUCUAGAAUGUGAUUAUUUGAACGCACAAGAAUGCUGUUCCAAAUUAAAUGCUUGGGUGAUGCCAAAAUUAAUAGCACACUGUUUUUUAUCAUUUAUUCUGAUACUAAAUGGACAAUGGUGGCUGAUGAUAUUCAAUGUACCAUUAAUAUGCUGGAUGGUAUAUGAAUUUAUUAAAGUACCGAAAGGAAAUCUUGGAGUUUAUGAUCCUACAGAGAUACAUAAUCGAGGCCAAUUAAAGAAGCACAUGCGAGAUUGCAUGAUAAAUCUCGGCUACCAUUUGAUAUUAUUUUUUAUAUACUUGUACUGUAUGAUCAUAUCACUUCUAAAAGGAGACCCAAUUCGAAGGCACGAAGAAGAAGAAAUUGUUUCAGAGUUUUAAAAAUGUAUUUUUGCAAUGUGAGUUAUUAAAAAAAAGUUUUACUUAUAUUUUUAUUUAAAAACGCUUAUUGAUAUUUUU